AUUCACGCAUAUCCCAUCGAAGCCAUGGCAACGCCCACCGCCGCACUUUAACCACCAGCCCCAUCUCUCUCUCUCUCUCUCUAGAGGCGACCUUUUUGGUUAACUGUGAGGAAAAGGUCCGGUAUCAGAAUCUUCAACUCCUCUUCCUCUUUCUCUGCCAAUUAUGAAAAUAGAGCGAGCCUGUGGCGACGAUAUGUGCAGAACAAUCGAGGUCGCCGUGGAGGAGCCGCAGAAGGUGCUAUGGACGCCACAGGCGGAGGAUAACUUCGAUGCCAACGGCGAGGAGCUCUUUAUUCCGCCUCUCAACUUCGCCAUGGUCGACAACGGCAUUUUGAGGUCCGGCUUCCCGGACACGGCCAACUUCAGCUUCCUGCAGUCCCUCGGACUCCGUUCCAUCAUAUGUCUUUGCCCAGAGCCUUAUCCGGAGGCCAACGCGGAGUUUGUGAAGUCGAAUGGGAUUCAGUUAUUCCAAUUUGGGAUCGACGGUUGUAAGGAUGAGGAAGUGAUAUUCAAAUUUUGCAUGCAGGAACCUUUUGUGAACAUUCCAGAUGAUACCAUUCGUGAAGCACUAAAAGUGGUCCUUGAUGAAAAGAAUCACCCACUUCUAAUCCAUUGCAAAAGAGGAAAGCACCGAACUGGCUGUUUAGUAGGGUGCUUGAGAAAAUUACAGAGGUGGUGCCUGUCCUCUGUCUUCGAUGAGUACCAGCGCUUUGCAGCUGCCAAAGCCAGAGUUUCAGACCAGAGGUUUAUAGAGUUGUUUGAUGUUUCCAGCUUCAAGCAUCUUCCAAUGAAGUUCUCAUGUUCCAAGAGUUGUCUUGCAGUGUGGAUUCUUAUCUUGGGGAGGCUUCCAAUCAAGCUUGAAAGUAAGAGAAAGGUUUGAUGUCGGCAUACCGUUCUUUAUUUCUUUGCUCCACUCACUAUAAUUAAAAAGCUGAGCAGGUCCGCUAGCUAAUCGCUCAAAGUAACUUUAAAUUAUAUUUUAUCUCCAUCUUUAAGUGACAUUGUGAUCUUGAAGAAUCUCUGCUUAGAUUCUCUCUUUACCCGCCUUCUGCUACCUCUCCUGUAACCAGUCCUUUGGUUGAAGUCAGCCUCAAGAUGCUUUCCUUCAUUCUGAAGAAAAAACCAGAUAAGAAAAAGGACUACUGGGAGUUCAGACUCCAAUUGCAAAACAGAAGGACAAUAAUUCAGUCUGGUAUUGGCUCAAAACAGGCAUUAUAUAUUGUUGUGUGCAUUAAUUCUCUCUCUCUCUCUCUCUCUCAUUUUUUUCUUCUUUCUCCAACAACGGCACUCACACGCUUUUAUUUUACCAGGUAGGAUUAUCUAAAAUAACGUUCUUUCUUUGUCCGGGUCUGUAGCUUUAAACGAGUGUAAUAUAUUAUUUAAUAGUUGUUUUGGGCACUGUGCCAGUGGUUAUAAUGAAACUUUUCAUAAUAUAUCCUAUGCAUUUGCUGCAAAACUGCAGCCAUUGGUGAGUUUAUUACAUGCUCAAAGAAGAUUUUGCUCCUAGCAAACUAAGAUUAUGUUGUCAUGAUCUUCUCCAACAGAUUUGUUUAUAGGAUGGGACAAGAUACGAUCUCAUCCAUGUAAAAAUAUGUCACAGAAAAGUUCAACUCUCUCUCUCUCAAAUUUCUUUUCUUUUGGGGCUACAAAAGAUCUCUCAUGAAGCAGAUCUGUAGUUGUAACGUAGCAGGAUAGACAAUAGCUUCUUUCUCUCCUUGGAAAUGAUUUUAUCUAACCUCAUCCACCAAAUGGAACUCUAAAAUUGAGAAGAUGCAUUUUGAGUUGGGCCUCUACCAUUUUUCAUAUAAUCUGUCUUUGACCAUUCAUUCAGUGCAUUAAUUUCCAAACAUUAUCAAAUUGAGGCUGCCAAAAACUCAAGUUGAGUAAUGACCUCCAAGCUCCUAGAUCUUGCUGUAGCCAUUGUUUAAGGUUCUUUUCUCUGUUAACUCUUGGG